UAUACGCUAGCACAGGCAGGCUGGCUGGCUGCUAGGGGCUGCUCAGUGCUUCUGCGGGAGAAGAACAGAGGCUGCUAUGGAGCAGGGGAAGCGUCUGGCUGGCCUCAUCCUGGCUAUCACUCUUCUUCAAGGUACUAUGGCACAGUUGAAUGAAGUAAAAGUGGAUGACAAUCGAGAAGAUGGUUCAGUAAUUCUGAAUUGUGACAUGAAUGAAAAUGUUAUCAGAUGGUUUAAAGAUGAGGUGCAAAUAAGUCCUGUAAACACAAGUAAAAAGACUUGGAAUCUUGGAAGUAGUACCAAGGACCCUCGAGGGAUAUAUUGGUGUCAAGGAUCAAAGAACCGUUCAAAACCACUCCAAGUAUAUUAUAGAAUGUGUCAGAACUGCAUUGAGCUGAAUUUAGCCACUGUGUCUGGCUUUAUCUUCGCUGAAAUCAUCAGCAUUUUCCUCCUUGCUGUUGGGGUCUACUACAUUGCGGGACAGGAAGGAGUUCGCCAGUCAAGAGCUUCAGACAAGCAGACACUGUUGUCCAAUGACCAGCUCUAUCAGAUUUGCCUUUUCUGGAUAAAUGGAGUCAUACAAUAUGCUGCUCUGGACAUUCUCGUACAAGUCUUCGUGUGGACAUAUGUUUUCAUUUGUCUGGGUUGAUAUCUAGGAGUGAAGAAUUGCUGGGUUGUAUGGUAAAUUUAUGUAUAACAUUUUAAGAAACUGCCAGUU